UUCUCUAAACACUAGAGAAGUAUUCUUCUUCACACCAUGGCUUUUGCACUAUCAUAUUCUAUAUGCUUUUUACUAAUCCUUCUACAACUACUAUCAUUUUCCACUAUGGCUCAAACUUACAAGAAUAUAUCUUUGGGUUCAUCUCUCAUUGCACAGGAGAACAACUCUUUCUGGGCCUCACCAUCUGGGGAAUUUGCUUUCGGUUUCCAAAAUAUUGGUAAUGAUGGAUUCUUACUAGCCAUUUGGUUUAACAGGAUACCAGAAAGAACUAUUGUCUGGUCAGCCAAUGGCAACAGUCUAGUGCAGAGAGGAUCCACAGUUGAACUCACCUCAGAUGGCCAGUUGCUGCUCAUUGAUAUCGCAACAGGCAAAGACAUUUCGGUUGCUUCUUCAGCUGGAACUAGAGUUACCCAUGCAGCCAUGCUUGACUCAGGAAAUUUUGUUCUGGCUAACCAGAAUUCAAUCAGUUCGUGGGAGAGUUUUAAUCGACCAACUGAUACAAUCCUGCCCACACAGACUCUUAGUAAAGGUAGCAUACUCUAUGCUCCCUAUACGAAAACAAAUUACUCAAAAGGAAGGUUCAUGCUUACACUGCAAUCUGAUGGUAAUUUUGUGUUUUAUACAACUUUUUUCCCAUUGGAUUCUCCUAAUGUUGAUUACUGGUACACGGAAACUGAGGGUAGUGGCUUUGAGGUCAUCUUCAACCAGUCUGGCUCUAUUUAUGUUACAGCGCAGAAUGGAAGCAUACUUUAUGUGUUAUCAUCAAAUGCAGUUUCAACGCAAGAUUACUACCAGAGAGCAACUCUAGAUUAUGAUGGAGUUUUGAGGCACUAUAUCUACCCCAAGAGUAACUCAAGCAUAGAAAAGGCUUGGUCCACUUUGGUCUUUACACCUCCAAAUAUCUGCACAUCAGUGUUGGAAAUUACAGGUGGUGGUGCAUGUGGAUUCAACAGCUUAUGCAGAAAUGAUGAUCUUGAAGGACCAAGUUGCCAGUGCCCCGAUGGUUACAACUUCACUGAUCCGAAUGAUUUGUUGAAAGGAUGCAAACAGGGCUUUGUUUCACAAAGUUGUGAGGAAGCAUCACAGGAAACAGAUCUUUUCUAUCUUCAAGAAAUGCGAAGUACAGAUUGGGCUACAAGUGCUAACUACGAGUACUUUCAGCCAGUAACUGAGGAUUGGUGCAGACGGUCUUGCCUAGGUGAUUGUUUUUGUGACAUUGCCUUUUACAAAGACCAGAUUUGUUGGAAGAAGAGUAUUCCUCUUUCGAAUGGGAGAAUUGACCGCAGUAGCGAUUGGAAAGCUCUGGUCAAAAUCAGGAAUCAGAAUUCCAGUUCGAGGAUUACAGGAGCAGAAACAGGAAAGAAAGAUAAUUCGGCUUUGAUCCUCCAGGGAUUGGUAUUCCUGAUCAGUAGCUCACUGUUUGUGUUCCUCUGCUUGAUAGCAACAUGUUUGCUUGUCUAUCGUAUAUAUCAUAGAAUUGCAAAGGUGAGUAAACUCUACCCCACCAUUGAAGGUGUUAAUCUCAGAUGUUUCACAUACAUGGAGCUAAAAGAAGCUACUGAUGGAUUCAAGAAUGAACUCGGUCGUGGUGCUUUUGCAACAGUUUUCAAAGGAGUUUUAGUGUCUGAUAAUGGGAAAUAUGUUGCUGUAAAAAGGUUAAUGGACACUAUGCUUAGAGAGAAUGAUCCAGAGUUCAAAGCCGAAGUGAGCACAAUUGGCAGAACAAAUCACAGAAAUCUAGUCCAAUUACUAGGCUUCUGCAACGAGGGGCAGCACCGAAUUCUUGUAUAUGAGCUGAUGAGCAAUGGCACACUAGCAAGCUUCCUCUUUGGGGAGUCGAAGCUAAACUGGCACCGCAGAAAGCAAAUUGCCUUGGGAAUUGCAAGAGGGCUCUUGUAUUUGCAUGAAGACUGCAGCAGCCAGAUUAUACAUUGUGACAUCAAGCCUGAGAACGUUCUUCUAGAUGACACUUUCACAGCCAGAAUUGCAGACUUUGGAUUAGCCAAGCUUUUGAGGACGGAUCAAACUCGAACCAUCACUGCAAUCAGGGGAACAAAAGGUUAUGUGGCUCCUGAAUGGUUCAAAGCUUUGCCUAUCACUGUUAAGGUGGAUGUUUACAGCUAUGGAAUUUUAUUGUUAGAGAUUAUCUGCUGUAGGAAGAAUUUUGAAGCGGAGGCGACUGAUGAAAAUGAAAUGAUAUUAGCUAAUUGGGCAUAUGAUUGCUAUAACCAGAGAAAACUCCAUUUGCUACUGGACAGUGAUGAUGAAGCAAUGGAUGACAUAAGGAAGAUGGAGAAGUGUGUGAUGACUGCAUUAUGGUGCAUUCAACAGGAUCCAUCGCUGAGACCUACGAUGAAGGAUGUCACGCAGAUGCUUGAAGGAACUGUUGAAAUCUCAAUUCCACCAAAUCCAUCCUUUUCGUAAGUUCAAUUUAUCCUUGGAAUUGUAUCAUAUUCAUAAGUGAAAAGGAAGAAAAGCUUUUCAUUUCUAUGAAAGAAACCAAGAUAUAUAACAAAUGAAUUCUAUUUGGUACCAUAGUUGCAGUCAAUUAUUAUGGUUCAUAAGAUUGAAGAUGGAAUUUCUUUUUAUUGAAA